AUGAAUUCAAGAGGGUUUACCGUUGAUGACAGGAGUGCAUCAUCAGAAAACAGCGUGCUAGAAUCGACUUCUUGCAGGGAAACAUUGGAAUGUCCACGGACCUCUCCCACCACCGGUUGUGAUGAUUCGCAGAUCAAAGAAGCCAAACUUCACAUCGGUAGAUUCUUUUACGAGAAUGGACUGGAUCUCAGUGCUGUCGAUUCACCCAGCUUUCAGAGCAUGAUCUCUCUUUUCUCUCAAAUGGGGGUGCAGUGGCAAGUUCCUACGGUCGAGGAGUUAAAAGGCUGGAUAUUCAAAGAUGUGAUGAAAGAAAUGAAGGAAUGCGUGAAUGAGGUUAGAAGGUCGUGGGCUGAAACUGGUUGCAGCAUCUUGCUAGAUGGAUGGACGGAUGCCAAUGAUCGGACGUUAGUGAAUGUUUUGGUGGAUUGCCCGAAAAGUACUGUGUAUCUUUUCUCGUCCGACAUAACCGACUGUGUUGAGAACAUGGAUGCUAUGCAGAUCUUCUUGGUGAAGGUUAUGGCUGAGGUUGGAAUCCAGAACGUUGUACAGAUCAUCACAUACUCGAGCUCGGUCUUUAUGAAGGAGGCCGGUAGGCAGCUCAUGGAGAGAUACCGGCCAAUCUUUUGGACAGUGAGUGCUUCCUACUGCAUUGAUCUUAUGUUGGAGAAACUAUGUAGGGUGGAUCUCAUCAACAAGACGUUGGAGAAGGCGAAGAUCCUCACAAGAUUCGUCCACAGCCACUCAAUUGCACUCAGGUAUCUGCAAGACCAGACUAAAGGGAGCGGCCUGAUUGAUUCUUCGAGGAUAAGGUCGAUAAGGCCCUUCCUAAUCCUCGAGAAUAUAGUGAAAAAGAAGGAGACUUUGAACACAAUGUUCUCCUCCUCUAAUUCUCAAAGCUCGAUUUUGAUAUCAACCAUGGAGGGGCGAAGAGCGGCUGAGUUGGUGGGGGAUCAUUCCUUCUGGAAUGAGGCCUCGACUAUUCUCAAAGGCACCAUACCUCUAGUCCGCGUGAUAGAAUGGAUGAACAAGAGUGGCAAGGAUCACAUGGGGCUUAUAUACAAGACAAUUGAUCAGGCCAAGGAAACCAUUAAGGAGUGCUUCGAGAAUAAGUCUGCCUACUCGCCUUUCUGGAAGACAAUUGAUGAUGUUUGGAACGAGUCCCUCUACAGCCCUCUCCACUCCGCUGGCUACUACUUGAACCCGAAUCUUUUAUACUCAAGCAACGGGCUUAUCGAUCCUGAAGUCCUCACUGGCUUAUACUGCUGCAUUGUUCGUGCGGCUGCUGACAUCCGUGUGCAGGAUCGGAUUACUGUCCAGAUGGAGCAAUACAGAGUUGCCAAAGGUGCCAUGGCUGCUGGAGUCCCUCAAGAGCAAAGAUCGAACGUGUCUCCUGCACUUUGGUGGUCGAGAUAUGGUGGGGAAUUCCCUGAGUUGCAGAGGCUGGCAGUUCGAGUUCUGAGCCAAACGUGUGAUGGAGCAUCCAAGUUUCAACUCAGUAGAAGCUUAGCCGAGACACUUCUCAUUAAGGGAAGGAAUUUAGAUGAGCAGAAGUGGCUGAGGGAUAUGGUUUUCCUAAGGUACAACAUUCAGCUACAGAAUUUUGUACCUGGCAACGUCGUUUACAACGAGCCUGGCCUAGUCGAUGACUGGCUCGCGGACAGGAACAACGUUCCUUGA